AUGUCGGGCGGACGCGCUAAGAUGAAGAAGGUCAACUGGGGUCAGCCCAUCACGGACUACCGCAUCGUGAUCCCUAGGGACUACUACUUCGCGGGCGAGACGGUGCAGGGCACGCUGGAGUUGAAAACCCACGGUCCGAUCAGCUGUCGGGGGGUCAGGGUGAAGCUCGAAGGCGUGGGCAUGUGUCACUGGCACUACUACGAGGGCGCCGGAGAACACAGAAGACGGGUGGACGUGCACGGAGAGAAGAAGUACAACGGGUGUCAGAAGACCGCCUGGGGAUCGACGUACAACACGGGGCGCAUCGACAACGCGGGCGACGACGCCGUUUGGGGCCACCCCACCACGCCCGACGAGGGUCACGUCGACAUGCCCCUGCAAACCGCGCACGGGUCGAAGGUCGUGCUGCGCGUCAUGGACUACGACUGGGGCACGAAGGACGACGAGCUCGGCGAGUGCCUCCUCGACGUGGACGAGCUGCUCGCGAUGAACGGCGCCGACGUCACGGUGCCGCUGUGGAGGCACGCGGGAAAAGGCGUGUUCAGCUCGGGCGCGUACGGCCCCGCGGAGGGGAACGCGUCGAACGGCGUGAAGCCCAGGUCCGUCGUCGUGCUGUCAUGCGAGUUGUCGGAGUUGGAGGGCGGGUUCGGGUUUCAGCAGGGCGCCAGGCGGGUGGUGUUCAAGGUCAAGUCGGCGCACAACCUUCGCGACGCGGAUUCGAUGAUGGGCUUCAGGGGGUACAACGACGUGUACUGCCAGCUGUACGAGGUGAGCGGGACGGAUCUCGCCCCGGGGCUUCCACUUCCCGGCCCGCCCGACGCGAGCGCCGUGCAGCUGCCGCCGACGCGGGCGUCCAUACCGUUCUCUUUCAAGCUGCCGCGUAACCUUCCCUCCUCGAUGGAACCCCUCGACGUGUUCGCCGCGCCGGUGGACCGAGCGAGCGUGAGGUACUGCAUCUACUCCCACAUCGACAUCGCGUGGCGGAUGGACCCGUCGUGCCGCCGCAUAAUUUCGGUCAUCAACGGUCCAUCGUCGACCAUCCCCAAGCUCCUGGCGCCGCUGCACGCCGUGCCUCAGGAGAAGGAGGUGCACCCGGUGAAUUGCGAGAGCCUGUGCUUCUGCUGCAGCAAGGAUUGCGUCGGUCAGUGGUGCGGCGAGAACAAGAGCGUGAGCCUCGGCAAGGUUUUCCUCGACUGCCACAUGGACCGUCGUGGAUACGCGCCGGGCGAGACGAUGUUCCUCUCCGGGAUCGCCAGGAACGAGACUGACAGGCCCGUGACGGUGUACGUGUCGCUCGUUCGGACAAUCGUGUACACGGCAAAGGAGGGCUUGACGCAUAAGACCAGAACGGCGCGAGGCGAAAUUCCGCUCGCCUCGUUCGAGGUGCCCGCGCACAGCACCUGGCAGCUCGAGGACGGCCAGUUGAUAUGUCCCGCGAUAGCCUCGGACUACUUCGGAGGGUACGGGUACGAUGAGGAGUUUGCGAGUCGGAACGCUCAGUACGGAGCGAGGUACGCCGAGCGUCUGGUUGACCCGGUGAAGUGGUCGACGAGGCUCAUGGUGUUGAUGGACGUGCCGGACACCCCGUUCAAUCUGAAGCAGUUCAUGGACGUGCUCAUCACCGGUCUGCCGGGAAACCCCAUCGUCUGGGAGGAGUAUCAGCAGAAGAGGAAGGGGGCGGCGUUAUCGAUGCCGGCGUUACCCGGCGCUCAGGAGAUGACGCCUCGGCGCUCGGGAGACGACAUCGGCGUCAGCGUGUUGGGCACGGCGGAAUGUCCCACGUGGACACCCGGAGCCGAGGACGAGCAGGUGAGGGGAGAUACGCUGUGCAUCGCGAGGACCGAUGAGAUCGCGGCGGCUGAUCCGCAAGAGGAUAUCAAAUGCGACCCAGCGGAGCUCACGUACUCGCCCGCGGUGGCCGUGUACAAGCCCGACGCGCCGAGGAAGUGCAAGAGCCCUUACAAACCCGACAAUCCCGAGGUGGACUGCACCAUGAACCCUCCCGGAUCGAUGAUGAUCUGCCCAUACACUGGUAUGCCCUUCGUCGUGCCGCCGCCGCCGCCGCCGCAGGCGCAGGUGAUUAGCACGGUCGCGGCCCCGUCGAUGUCUAUGGUUUAG